CACAGGCUCUAUUUUUAGUGCCAUGUAAUGUCCGAAAAUUUAAGAAAUUACUAGAUCUUAAUUAGUGCAAAUAACUACUGAAAGUGCCUAACUACAGAAGUUUUGGACUAAAUUUAGACCGAAAACGACUAUGACCACCGAUAUGAACGACAAUUACCCUCAGCAAGUAUCAGAUGAUCAAGCCAAGUCUGAGAGAAGUAAAAUGGUAUUAUCAACUGGUAUUUCACUUCCGGCAAAUUUUCACUGUGACUCAAGAUUUGUUUUAGGUGGGCGUAAACAAACGUCACAUGGACUGAACAGUUUCGGUUUAAACCCACUAAAUACAUAUGUCAGCCAAGCUCAACAAAGCAGACAGGGAAAUGAAGUCCGUUCUUCAACAAUAAGAUUAAGAAGUAUCAUUUCAAACAACCCUGUCAUUACAAGGCCACCUAGGCACCCCGACUAUGUUGAUAGUAGCGAAAGGCGUCCAUCUUAUGCUAGGUGGUUGCAUCGAAAACAAAUAUUGACCGAUGCUGGAUUCUUCUAUACAAGGAGACAAAUUGAUUCAUUCCUGAAUAGGCCGGCACACACGAUGACCCCUCCACAGGUACUAGAAGCUAUAGUUUUUUAUCAAAGGUUAGAAGCAACUGGAUUUUAUGACACAGGGAGACACAGACAGGGUCCAGCAACCGCUGUGUGCCGUCAGCCUGGAUACCAGACAUUGGAGUCAGGACCUGCUUCAUGCCUGAAUUGGCCACUACACAUGAUGCAGACCCCUGAACAGUUAGAAGACGAUAUAUUAUAUCAAAGAUUGAAAGCAACUGACUUUAGUGACACAGAGAGACACAGACAGGAUUCAGCAAAUGCUGUGUACCGUCACCCUGAAUACCAGACAUUUGAGUCACGGCUGGCUUCUUUCAGGAAUUGGCCACCACACAUAAUACAGACCCCUCAACAGUUAGCAAAAGCUGGAUUUUAUCACACAGGUCAUGGAGACGGUGUGCGUUGUUUUGCCUGUGAUGGUGGACUACAACACUGGGAACCGGAGGAUGAUCCAUGGAUCGAACACUGUAGAUGGUUCACUGCUUGUCCGUUUGCAAGAAUCCAGAAAGGCGAUCGUUUCAUAGAACUCGUUCAGACAUAUAAAAAUCAGCUGGAAGCCUUUACUGAAAAUGGUAUGUCGCUUCGUCUAGAGGCAUUGAAACUAAGAGAUCCUGAAUUGCAAGAUGCAAUGGAUGGACGUAAAGCUGUUUGUAAAAAAAUGGGAUACCUGACAAAGGAAAUCAAUGAAGCUAUUAAGGAAUUAAGAGAGAAAGGAACAAGAAAUCCUUCAAUUGAAGAGAUAAUUGAUGUGAUGGAAGUAAUUAAAAGGAGGAAAAUGUUACAGGCUGUAGCAAAUGAGACACCAGCUGAAGAAAACCAACGUCAGAACAAGACAAACUGCCAUCGUGAAUGCAUGGAGUGUGGAGAACCACUGUCAAGGUGUAAAGUUUGCGGUGAAGUUAACCGUAAGAAGAUCCAAAUCAUCAAAAUAGAAUGGAUUUAAUGACAUCUAGUACCGCCUUAAGUAACCAUGAAAACGCCACAACGGAAAUUUUUUAAGCUUUUUAAUGCAUCAAAAUUCCCGAUUAUAAAAUGGAUCUUGUCAAAAAAAAUCACGUUAAAAAUCCUCACCAUUUCAACUAUGACUUAUUGUGUAACAAGUUUUAACAAUGUGUUGUAGCAACUGCUGCUGAAGCUUAGUAAACAAAUUGAUUAAACAUUGUUUUUCAAAAGCAACACACUUAUAGCCAAUCCAUCAUACUAGUUAUUUUUAUAAACAUUUUAUGUAUAGAUUUAUCAUAUUUUUGUGUAAACUUUCAUAAAACUUAUAAGCUAAGAAUUGUUGAUGUUCGAAUGAUCGAUUGGUUGACAGCGUUCUUUGUGUAUGGAAAUGAUCGUCUCCGGACAGCUAAUGAUCAGUUUUCGAAUGUCGAACAUUGUUCAUUGACCAGUUGUACGUCGUACAGUUGUUAAUUGUCUGCAAAAUAUGGAUUUUAAUAUUUUCACCAAUCAUUUCAUAUUUUGUUCUUUAUUUAACUUGUCUGCAAAAUUCAACAUAUAUUUUGUCUGGAAAAAAACAGAUUUUUCAUAUUUUCACCUAUCAUUUCAUAUUUUGUUCUUUAUUUAACUUGUCUGCAAAAUUCAAUUGUGUACGGACAUAAUCCCCUACGGACAAAAUCCCCUUUGCAUACCCGUACAAAAUCCCCUCCAUGGGAGGACAUAAUCCCCUUCAUGUCUUUGCAAGGCUGGACAAAAUCCCUUUACGUACCCAGACAAAAAGUCACGGGAGGGCUUUCACGGGUGGGCAUUUGUCCGCCAUUUCAUAUUUUGUCGGGAAUUUUUUUUAAAAUAGAAUCUAAAGUUUUGCAAAUAAUAAUUAUUUCUUGAAUGCAUAAAGUGAGCAUAACUGCCCAUUCACACCUUAUGGCAAGGAAUUAAACACCCCCUAUAUAAUCUAUAUUGUCUGCAAAAUCUAAAACAUUCUUUUUUUAACUUGUCUGCAAAAUCCCUCUUUGUUUAACUUGUCUGCAAAGUCCAUCUGCAAAGUAAACCGACCCCAUUUUGAAGGGAAAUUAAUCCGCAGUCGCCGUCAUAAUUUAUUGGUAGUUUAUAAGUAAUAAGAUAUCUAGGACUUAAUUAUAAUUCAUAUACAUAUGUUGAUGUUAUUUGCAAUACUUUUAUUUUAUUGACAUUUAAAUUUAUUAACUGUUUACCACUUUUUAGCUCACCUGUCACAAAGUGACAGGGUGAGCUUUUGUGAUCGCUUUUCGUCCGGCCGUCCAUCGUCCGCCCGGCGUCCGUAAACUUUUACUUUAAAUGACAUCUCAUAAACCGCUGAGCCAAUUUCAUCCAAACUUCACAGGAAUGUUCCUUUGGUGGUCACCUUUAAAAAUUGUUCAAAGAAUUAAAUUCCAUGCAGAACUCUGGUUGCCAUGGCAACCGAUAGAAAAAACUUAAAAUAUCUUCUUUUAAAAAACCCAAAGAGGUAGAGCUUAGAUAUUUGGCAUGAAACAUCUUCUAGUGAGUGUCUAUCAAGUUUGUUCAAAUAAAAGCCCUGGGGUCAAAAUUGGCCCCGCCCCAGGGGGUCAUUGAUUUUCCCUAUAUGCAUAUAGUAAAAACUUAAAAAAUCUUCUUUUAAAGAACCCAAAGAGCUAGAGCUAAGAUAUUUAGCAUGAAACAUCUUCUAAUGGGUGUCUACCAAGUUUGUUCAAAUAAAAGCCCCGGGAUCAAAAUUGGCCCCGCCCCAGGGGGUCAUUGAUUAUCCCUAUAUGCAUAUAGUAAAAACUUAAAUAAUCUUCUUUUAAAGAACCCAAAGAGCUAGAGCUAAGAUAUUUAGCAUGAAACAUCUUCAAAUGAGUGUCUAUCAAGUUUGUUCAAAUAAAAGCCCUGGGGUUAAAAUUGGCCCCGCCCCAGGGGGUCAUUGAUUUUCCCUAUAUGCAUAUAGUAAAAACUUAAAAAAACUUCUUUAGAGAACCCAAAGAGCUAGAGCUAAGAUACGUGUUUUGCAAAAGCUUUUUAAAAAAAUCUUCUUUGAAAAAAACCCAAAUAGCUAGAGUUUAGAUAUUAAGCAUGAAACAUCCUCCAGUUAGUGUCUUCAAAGUUUGUUCAAAUAAAAGCCCUAGGGUCAAAAUUGGCCCUGCCCCGGGGGACAUUAAUUUUCCUUAUAUGUGUAUAGCAAAAACUUAAAAAUCUUCAUUGAAUAAAAACAAAUAGCUAGAGUUUAGAUAUUAAGCAUGAAACACCUUCUAGUGAGUGUCUUCAAGGUUUGUUCAAAUAAAAGCCCUGGGGUCAAAACUUGCCCCGCCCUAGGGAUGUCAUUGCUUUUAACUAUAUGUGUAUAGUUAAAACUUAAAAAAUCUUUUUUUAAAAAACUCAACGAGCUAGACCUUAGAUGUUUAGCAUGAAACAUCUUCUAAUGGGUGUCUACCAAUUUUGUUCAAAUAAAAGCCCUGGGGUUUAAACUGGCCUCGCUCUGUGGGCCUAUAUACAGGUGAGCGACUUCAGGGCCAUCAUGGCCCUCUUGUUAAAAUAAGUAAACUGUAAACAUUCUUCCUUGUUUGUGACUCAAGUUUUAUCUUAAACUGGCGUACCUCCAGAAUUAAAGAAUUACUACAAUGUACAGUGGCAUUUAUACAGAGAAGCCCACUAUUGACAGAGGUUAUAAUAGCAUUUUGCAGUUCAAUAGAUCUAUAUAGGCCUAACAAGUAUCAUCAGUCCCUCUAACCCUAAAAAUUCUAUUUUAAAAUAAAACUUUGUUAUAAUUGUGA